AGGAAAAGCGGCAGGAUGACGUCACUUUUUCUCGCCGCAGAAGUCGAUUUUGUGCCGCUUUUCUCGUGCCGCAAAAGUUGGUUGAAUUUUAUCUUUUGCGGCAACCGCCGCCAAGACGCGUUUCUAUCAGCCAAUAACAGUUCGUCUGACAGUCACGUGAUAAAAUAGAACCACGUGGUGUUUUAAUGGCGGACGGUUCAACAAAGUUCAUUGUGAAAACGUACAGAAGAAACAGAAAAGAUAUGGCAUUCGAUACGGAGGCAUUUAUUGGAAUGGUCGAAAAUUAUCCUUUCCUAUACGAUAAAAGCAGAAAGGAAUUUAAAGAUGUUUCUUUUAAAUACACUUAUUGGACGGCAAUAGGAACUGCUUUUAAUAUUUCGGCUGAUGAAGCCAUAAAAAAAUGGAAAAAUUUGAAAGAUAGGUAUACAAAGUUAAAGAACAAUAUAAGUAAGUCGAAAAGAAGUGGUGCAGCUACUUCUGAAAUUUACAAGACAAAUUGGAAGUAUUUCGACUUACUGGAUAAUAUGCUAAAAGGCGGAUUGAGAAAUGAACACUUAGAAACAUGCUCGAAUAUACCAGAAACCAUGCCUCAAUCAGAAUGNAAACUUAUAUAUAGCCUACUGUGUUGUCUCAACUAA